UUAUCUCUACAUUGCGAAAGCAAGUUAUCCAACCAUCAUACGUUACAAUCCAUCGGAUCAAUCUAUUACGCCUUUCACCUCCACAACUGGUUCAGCGCAAUCAAUUUCUGUUGAUGAAUAUGAUAAUGUAAUAUAUUGGGCUAAUUAUGAGGGAAACAGUCACAGGGUUAUGAGGACUCUGCUGAAUGGAGAAACAAUCGAUUUAAACAUAACAUAUUCUGGAGAGAUUGAUGUGACCUCAGAUGUGUUUAAUAUUUAUGUCCUGGAUAAAGGAGACAACCGAGUUGACCAAUACUUAAAGACAUCGCUUGAAAAGCAAAAGAAUAUUACCUAUAAUGGUACCAUAGAAGAUUUAAUAAUUGCAUAUGGUGAGUUUCGUCUUUCUGAAAAAAAAACCCCAAAGCACCCAGCCUCUUUCUGAUAUGUCUGCGUUUAAAGUUGGUUUUGUGUUUCUUAUCCAAGUACCGAGAAAGUAGCCUCAUUGUUAGGAGUUUUGAACUACAAUCGUCCACAAAAUAUUUGAGACAAACCCCCCUCCCCGAUUUCAAUGUUGUUUUGUACAAAAAUAUUGUUUAAUUCAAACAUUAUAUUUUAAACGUCAACUGCAAAUAAGACAGUUUCGGUUCUACCAUUUCAACAUUGAAAUAGGGGGAGGGGGGAAUUAUUUCAAAAGUCUCAAUAUAUUUUGUGGACGAUUGUAGAAAUUAACGAAAUAUUAAAUGUUUUUUGUAGAAGGAAAUUGCUUGUGUAUAUUUUAUACAUUUUUAGACCUAAACUGGAGAAAAUAUGAAAAAUGCAACUCAUAUUGUCUCACACCUGCGGUCCUGCAUGACUGAUACAGUGGACUGCGUGGGCUGACUAAUUUAGCUGCAAAGUGCAGUUCUUAAUGUGCUAUUAUAACCGCAAUAUUCAUGACAUAUCUUUGCAUACCUGUACGCAACUCAUUCCAAUAUUUACUUACAUUGCCAUGAUUAAUUAAAAUUGUUUAUCUCGCUAAAAAAAGAGAAAACUAAAAACCGUAAAUAUUAAUUCAUUUUAUCUCAACUAUUCCAAACUGCAAUGAAAUGUUUGAUGACAUGAAUGCUAAAAUUUCUUGAUGUUUGAAUUGAUAUAUAGAUGAAGAUGAAUGUUGUGUUGGAACUUUCUGCCAUGUGAACUCUACCUGCUCAGAUUCUCUCGGAGUUUUUAACUGUUCUUGCAACGAUGGUUUUGUUGGGAAUGGCGCUGACUGUAAAGGUAAAUUUUCGUGUUUUAGCGUUAUUUUCCAGAAUAUUGUUCAAGCCAACGAGCUCUACAAAAACAAAAGGAAAAGUAAUCGAAAAUUAUAUUUGUCCCACUUAUUACAGAUUGUCUUUAUCGUACUUGAUCUAAAAGAUAUAACCCUUCAUUUCACAAUAAAUAAAUCAUUGUACUUCCACUGUGUUGCAUACGCUUAUGCAGUACAAUGUGUAUGGUGUCUCAGCUGGAGCAAAUACUGGCUAUUCCUAUUUCUUUACUCCUGUCUAUUUUAAAUUAAAACACAAGCUAAUAUGUAGGCAUUUUACUGAUACCUAUAUACCAAUUCAUGGUUGUAACAUCAUUUAAUUUUAUCGAUUGGUUGCAACAUCAUUUAAUUUUAAGAUUUUGAUUCAGGUAUGUUUCGGCUUGACAUGCAGUAUUUCAUCUUGUUGAGUUUCAUGUAUCUUUUUUAUACUUUUAUUAUUUUUCUAUCUUGCUUAUUUUUCUAUUUUUCUAUCUUGCUAUUUUUCUAUCUUUUAUUAUUGUUCUAUCUACCACCACGUUUUCUUAUUGUUCUCUCUCACCACUCCCUUGGCAUGUCAUGCAUAAAACUUAUUUUGCCAAAACUUGUUUCUCGUGUCACAACACUAAAUUGCUUCAGUUUUUCUUCACUCUGUACUUUUCUCAAUUCUUCUUAACUGGUAUUCGUUUUUUGAAUUUCAUUUCAUAUUUUGUCUAUGCCUUUUCUGUAUCCUUCUCUUUCGCAAAGGCUUAUUUUCUUUUUCUUUCUGUUUCGCUCAAUUGUAUUACUUGAGCAGUAUAGUUGAAAAUGCCCGUUAUUUCUUUUUUUCCUUAUUGGUGUUGUUGGUUUUGAUGGUGUUCAAACAUUUGUUAAACUUAAUAAUUAAUACAUUGAAUUUCUUUCAUUUGGCAUAUAUGAAAUUUACACUGUAAGGAGAUGUGUCAUUAUCAUAAUACCCAAUUUUUUAUUAAUGAUUGUUAGUUCUUCUUCGUUAA